AUGACCGAGGAAGUAAAAAAACGAAUCCCUCAAGGCCCAAAUAUCCACCUUCUUUACGCCGAUCCACUUCCCUACACCCUUCUGCCACCCCUCCCCCCACUACACCUCCACAACCCCCUCUCCUACAUCCCCUACAUCAUCGCAUACCUCUUCCCCUCCACCCCAACACAACCAGCAUUCACCGCGACCUUCCACCCCGAAUCACGGUCAUGUCACGUUGACGUCUCGAACGGUGGUGAUGGAUUGUGGUUCAAGGGAUUUUUCGGGAAGGGAACGUUGAGUAGGAGUGAGCCGACGUGGUUUGUCAGGGCACGGAGAGCGGUUGGAGAGAUCGGGCAGGACGAACAGUUGACUUCGGAGGAGAUUACGGCGAGACGGAGGGCUGCGCGGCAGGAGUUCAAGAAGGAGAGGGAGAAGGCUGAGCAGAAGGAACGCGAGCGGAUUCUGCGGGAGGAGAGAGGUGAGGUGCCACUACCAGAAGAUGAGGAUGAGGAAGAGGAGGAGGUGGAUGAAGAGGCGAUUGAGCAGGAGAAGGACGCAUACACCUACCCCACCGACAGCAACGGAAACCUCAUAAACCUCGAACGCCUCCAAUUAACCCUCCCCGAAUCCCUCUUCCUCGCACACUCCCUCGGCACCCUCACUAUCCUCGACCCCUCCACCUCCGCCCCAAUCCCUCGAUCCCAGCUCCUCCCACUAUUCCGAACUGCAUACAGCCCGAGGGUGGCGGGAGUGAUGCCACCAGAUGAUCCGUUCAUGCUGAAUUAUGUGGUGUACCACCACUUCCGCUCCCUCGGCUGGGUCGUAAAACCCGGUGUCAAGUUCGCGGUGGACUACCUCCUCUACCGCCGUGGUCCCGUUUUCUCGCACGCUGAGUUCGCUAUCAUGAUCAUCCCAUCGUACUCACAUCCUUCGUAUGAGGGGGAUGUGGAGAGGAAGAAGAAGGAGAGGAGGCCGUGGCAUGUAUUGCAUUCAACGAAUCGGGUGUGUUCGCAGGUUAAGAAGACUGUCAUUUCGUGUUAUGUGGAGGUUCCGCCGGUGGGGAGUGAGGUUGAGGGAGAGACGUUGGGGGAGGUGUUGGGGAGGUAUAAGGUGAGGGAAGUUAGCAUUCGGAGAUGGCAGCCAAGUCGGAAUAGGGACUGA